AUGCUUUUAUACCAAGUAAGUAAUGGAUUUGCUUCUAGUGCCAGGGCAAAAACACCAGCUGCUUCCGGUGCUGCUGCCGAUGUUCCACUAUGCGAUCGCGUGCAACGGCUAUACAGAUCCGUUGUUGCUACCCCAGUUUCUGGAUUUCGUCCUCCGUUCGAAAAUGUUGAAGCCAAUGUAGAAGAGCAACUUCUGCAAGUUAUCUUACAAGAAUAUUUACAAUACUUGUUAUACAACUAA